AUGGCGGCAAAUGAGGCACGAGCCUCAUCCGUUGCAUCCAACACAGAAAGCCUCAUCAGUGCGUCGGGCUACAAAUUCAGCAAAGGCAGCAAAAAGGCGCCCAAGGUCAAGUUAAAGAAGCUACCUCUGCAAGUCAAGAAAGAAGCCCAAGCAAAUGGCGUCAAGAAUGUCGCGGAAGCGCCCUCACCAGAAGUACCAAAGUUCGACGACGAGACCAUGGCGAAUUUCCCCAAUGGCCACCUGGAAAGCCUCGACACUGUGAUUUGCAAGCACUGCAAGAAAAUGGUUCUGAAGCGCACCGCCAAGGGACACAUCACGCUGUGCUUAAAGUCAAAACAGGACAAAGCGCGCAAGAAAAAGGAGGCACGUGAGGCUGCGGCGCGGGCAAAGGAGCGGGCGGAGAAAGCAGACGAUGACGAUGAUGACGACGAUGAUGUCAAAGCUCCCUCCAGAAAAGACGUGGCCAACGGCGACGAUGACGGACCCAAGAAGACCAAGAAGCGAAAGGCCGAUGCCGAAGAAGACAAGGAGCCUAGAAAGAAGAAAAAAAGAGAGGAGCAGAAACAGAAAGUAGUUAAACCCAAGGGUCCGGUCGACGUCGAGAAACAAUGCGGUGUUCUAUUGCCAAACGGCGGGCAGUGCGCCAGGAGUUUAACAUGCAAGAGCCAUUCGAUGGGAGCAAAGCGGGCUGUUCCCGGAAGAAGUCUGCCUUACGACAUGUUGCUCGCUGCAUACCAGAAAAAGAACCAGGCACGACAGCAGAAGGCCGCGCUCGAUGCAAAUGCCCCCGCGCUCCUGGAAGAGGAUCUCGACCCCAGUUUGGCCGGCCCUGUUGAUUCGGAUGAAGAGCGAGAUUCGGUCAUGACAGCCAUCGCCAGAGGCCUCAGUCGACCCCAACCACUCGUCACGAAACAAUUAUUCCCAACACGGCGGAAAUACCAGCUGGUCCGGAUGAAAGAAAUGCUAUCAAACGCCAUGAGCGGGAACAGAUCCGGUGGUUUGUUCAGUGUCGCUCCGGAGAGUGCCCGAAGUGCUGUCCCCCAAUCCGCCAUCCACGACACGUUUGCCUCAGCGAUAUCAGCUUCACCUGUCACGACAGGUAUUGGUACGGCACAGGCCGGAUUGAAACCGCCUCUCAGAAAGGCGUCGAUUGACGUGGCCUAG